AUGGAGAACUACACCUACAACAGCUACAUCCUCCAGUUAGAGGGCUUAAACACUUCAAAGGAUUCUCUCUACCCCGCCUUUCUUUUCUUGUUUUUCUCCUACCUGUUUAUAAUGAUUAUAAAUGUGGGCAUUACUAUUUUGAUUUUCAUGAACAAGAAUCUUCACCAGCCCAUGUAUCUCCUUUUUUGCAACUUGCCAUUGACUGAUAUUCUUGUAACCUCUAUUGUGGUGCCCCGUUUGCUUAUAGACCUUAUGAGACCUCCAUCUGAGCGCCUCAUUAGUUAUAAUCAGUGUGUUGUUCAGGCCUACAUUGCGCACUUGGUUGGAACCACAAGUCACACUGUUCUCAUGAUUAUGGCCUAUGACAGAUAUGUGGCUAUUUGUAAUCCUUUUCACUAUGUUUCCAUAAUGACCAACAAAAUGAUGAUCAAGCUGACAGUUUGUGCCUGGGGAGUGGCCUUUGUUUUGGUCGGGAUUCUUCUAGGUCUGACCACACGACUGAGUCGAUGCAGGACUUUGAUCACAAACCCCUACUGUGACAAUGCCUCAUUGUUUAAACUUUCCUGUGAAAGUGUGGUCAUUAACAACAUCUAUGGUAUCACUUUCACUGUGGCUGUUUAUGUGGGCUCUAUAGGGGCAAUGGUUCUUUCCUAUACAAGCAUUGCAGUGGUUUGUCUGACCAGUAAGAACAAGUCUUUGAACAGUAAAGCGUUGAAGACCUGCAGCACUCAUCUGGUUGUUUAUCUGAUUUUGACACUUAGUGGAAUGGCACUUAUUACUCUGCAUCGCUUCCCUCAGUACACAGAGUACAGAAAAAUCUUUGCUGUUUUGUUUUCUAUUUUUCCAGGCAGUCUGAACCCCAUUAUUUAUGGUGUGCAGUCCAAAGACCUACAAAAAGCCCUUUUGAAGUUUUGUGUAUCCAAGAAGGUUUUGGCAUCAUAA